AAUGCCAGCCGCGGAGAGCGGGGUGGGCUUAUGUUCAAGGGAAACACUUUACUGGACCGCUUAUCCGUUUUCAACACAUAAACUGCACAUUUCCUUUCGAACACGUAGAUAAAAUAAACGCAUCAAGAGGCUGCUCGCUGUGUGGGUUCAUCAGACGGACCGUCCCAGUUGCUAAGUGUCCAGUGGAGUCCAUGAAGCAGAGACCUGCACAGGCAUGAGGCUAGAACAGGAAGUCCUGAUGUUGUUCAUCCUGAUUGUUGCAUAGAGAAGGGGCAGAGGCAUGGCCCUGCGGGCGUCUCCAUUUCCUAAUGGAUUUGUUGCCGGCAUCCAUGCUGUUGGAUGGGCAUUCAUCCUGCCUUGCUUCUGGUUUCUAGAUCGCCUGAUCGCUGUAUGCAAGUCCACCACCCAGGAGAAAACCAAGCGUCUGGAGCAGGAAUGCUACCUCCAACCCCUCAAAGUCUUCUUCGGCUCCAUUAUCUUCUUCAUUCUUUUUCUUGCUACUGCCCCCUUGGCCUUCCUGGGCUUUCUGCUCUGGGCACCUCUUCAGGCCUGCCGCAGGCCCUUUUGCUACCAUAGAGAGACACCAUCCACACCAGAGAAAGAGAUACAAAGGGGCUUUGAGCUGGAAGGAAAGGCAUCGUUUGGAUUUGCCUCAGCCAACCUGUGUCUGUUGCCUGACAGCCUGGCUCGUUUCAAUAACCUGGGGCACACCCAGCACAGGGCAGCUGCAAUUGGUAAACACAUUGUGCAUGGUGUGUGUCGUCCCCAUAUCCGCAUCUUUGUUGACUCCCCUAGCAGCUGUGGGACUCUCAGCCCCUCUAACAGCAUACUCCCCACAAUUAACUCCUCUAAUUAUGGGGCUACCGAUAGACAGGCUCAGCCCACAGUGGGUCACCAUUCAGACUCAACUGAGGGACAUGUCUCAGUCCCAAAGUACAAUAGUCACGUGGUAACUGUGCCCUGUGAUGAUACAGAGGAGCCCUCUAGUGAGUCAACUCCUCCCAUUUUUAAUUCCAAUCAGAACUCCAACCAGCAGGGCCGAACAAGUCAACGGAGUGCUCCCCGAGCUUUGCUCUCCCAGGGUCUUCGCCAGCAAGACAACGUACCCUGGGAAGUGUCGUCUCUGUUUCCAGCCAAUUUGGACAUACUGUGUCUAGAAGAGGUGUUUGAUAAGAGAGCAGCACAGAAGCUCACCCAAGUACUAAGACCAGUGUUUGGACACAUACUGUAUGACGUUGGAGUCUAUGCCUGCCAGCCACCAUGCACAUGUUCCUCUUUCAAGUUCUUCAACAGUGGCCUGUUCCUAGCCAGCCGAUUCCCUGUGCUCGAGGCCCAGUACCGCUGCUUUCCCAACAGCUGUGGGGAAGAUGCACUGGCUGCCAAGGGCCUCCUUUCUGCUAAGGUGCUAAUCGGUCGGAAUCAGAAACAGAAGACAGUGGUUGGCUAUUUUAACUGCACACAUCUUCAUGCACCGGAGGGUGAUGGGGAAAUUCGCUGUGAGCAGUUGAACAUGGUAACCAAGUGGAUUGGCGAUUUUCAAGCUGCAAACAAACACCCCGACGAAGACGUUGUUUUUGACGUGCUCUGUGGAGAUUUCAACUUUGACAACUGCUCACCUGAUGACACCCUGGAACAGAAUCACUGUUUGUUUGAGGAAUACAGAGAUCCUUGCAGGGCAGGGCCUGGAAAAGAGAAGCCCUGGGUCAUUGGUACUCUGCUGGAGCAGCCCACAAUGUAUGAAGAUAAUGUGAACACCCCAGAAAAUCUACAAAGAACUUUGGAGAGAGAAGAGCUGAGGAAGCAGUACAUCUCCCCUCCUAUUCCUGCAGAGGGCUGCCCAUUGGUGUACCCAGAGACUGGCCAGCCGUGGGUCGGACGUCGGAUUGACUACAUCCUGUACCGCGAAAACUCCAUUUCAAAGCACUGCCGAACAGAAAUAGAAGAGAUGACUUUUAUAACCCAGCUCGCUGGCCUUACGGACCAUAUUCCUGUUGGCUUGAGACUGAAUGUAAUUAUGGACCCCGACAGUGCUGGUGAAUGACGACUAAAGUGAAGACAGUGUCACCUUCUAAUGGGAAGCUGGAACAAAAGAGAACAAAAUAUACAAAAAUGUACAUCACUCGAAUCUAUACAGCCACGACAAUGUUUUGUUUACAUACUUGAAUUUGUGAAUUUAAUGACAAUGUACUGACCAAUGAGAUUAUACCUCAGGAAUUCAUGGAUUUAUUGAAAUGUUAUAAUGUUUACAAUUUUAUACAUUAAGGUGUGUACAGGGCAGAUGUAUUGAACAAUAUAUUUGUAGGAUUUCUGAUUUUUUUUCCCUACAGAAAUAAAUGUAAAGAAUAAAUUUUA